AUGGAAAACUCGUUCACUUCGGACCGAUGGACGAUGCGCCGGCUGACAGCGUUGUUGGCUGUGUUCUCACCGAUGACUCUCGCAAUGUUGCUGAUCGCCACGCUUGUACUGCUGGUGUACAAGGCUCGCCGGGCGAAGAUGGUUCGAUUGAUCGACCAAAUCCCAGGACCCGUCUGCAUGCCACUCGUUGGUAACGGACUGCAGAUCAACGUCGGCUGUAAAGACGAGCUGUUCGAUCGCAUUAUCGCUUCGAGAAAGAUGUUUGGCCGUCGGCAGGGUAUAAGCCGCGUCUGGAACGGUCCCAUUCCUUACGUGCUGAUUUCGAAGGCGUCCGCCGUCGAGCCAAUACUGAGCAACCCGAAGCUGGUGGAGAAGAGCAACGACUACGAGUACAUGAAAGCAUGGCUGGGCAAUGGUUUGCUCACCUCACCCGGCUACAUCUGGCAUCCCCGCCGCAAGUCGCUGACACCCGCGUUCCACUUCAAGAUACUGUCGGACUUUGUGACGAUUUUCCAGAACCAGGCGGACGUUUUGAUAGAGAAGCUGUCGGAGCACACGCAACACGCUUCGGAGCUCAACAUCGUGCCGUACGUGACGCUGUGCGCGCUGGACAUCUUCUGCGAAACUGCCAUGGGAUGUCCGGUGUAUGCGCAGAAAAACUCCAACUCCGAGUACGUCCGUGCGCACAAACAGAUUGGAAAGGUGAUUCGAAACCGCCUCCAGAAGAUAUGGUUGCAUCCCGACUUCGUAUUCAAGCGCACGAAGGAGUUCCAAAAGCACCAGGAAUGCUUGAAAGUGCUGCACAGUUUCUCUGACCGGGUGGUUCGCGAACGUAAAGAGGAACUUCGCAAGCGCAAGGAGAUGUUGGACCAGAACAAUAACAGCACUGCCGAUGGAGAGUUUGACUCGUUCCAGGAUGGUGCCUAUCGCAAGAAGCAGCUUGCCUUUCUUGAUCUGUUGCUCGAAGGUUCCGGAUUGUCUGACUUGGCGAUUCGAGAGGAGGUAGAUACGUUCAUCAUCGGAGGCCACGACACGACGGCUGCAGCAAUGGCCUGGAUAUUGUACCUACUUGGGGCGGCUCCAGAGAUUCAGGAUCGCGUGAUACAGGAGAUUGAUGAAGUGAUGGGCAAGGAUCGUGAGCGUCGUCCCACGAUGGCGGAACUCAACGAGAUGCGAUAUCUGGAGUGUUGCAUCAAAGAAGGCUUGCGGUUAUAUCCCAGCAUCCCCGUCAUUGGACGACGCCUCACAGAGGACGUGCGAGUCGACAACUACACGAUUCCGUCUGGCACCACUGCCAUGAUCGUGGUAUACGAACUACACCGAGAUGCAUCCGUGUUCUCCAACCCGGACAAGUUCAACCCCGAUAACUUCCUGCCAGAGAACUGCAACGGGCGGCAUCCGUACGCGUACAUACCAUUCAGUGCCGGACCGCGGAACUGCAUUGGCCAGAAGUUUGCAAUUCUCGAGGAGAAGUCGGUCAUAUCCGCGGUGUUGCGUAAAUUUCGCAUCGAAGCUGUGAAUCGACGAGAGGACGUCCAGCUGCUCUGCGAUCUGGUGCUGAGACCGAAAGAUGGACUGAUAGUGCGACUUCACAAACGAGAUGAGUAG